AUGCCUCCUCCCUUCCGUGCCUCCCAGAUUGGUUCUCUCAUCCGCCCGACCGCCCUUACUGACGCCCGCAAAACAAACUCCCCGGACCUCCCCCAACUCAUACACUCCUCCAUCAGAUCCGCUCUCGCAAGCCAGCUCUCCUUCUCCUUCAGCCCCCUAUCCAACGGCGAAUUCCCACGCACAGUUUUCUGGGACGGCCUCUUCGAAUCCCUCUCAGGCCUGACCCCAACCACCCUCCCAGUCCCCACCGACCUCUCCGCCCAACACGCUUUCCGCAAAGGCCACCCAACCCUACCCCUGAUGCAGAAAUUCGGCAUCAAGGAGUUCACAUGCUACAUCGCAACGAGCAAGAUCCGUUGGACGAAACCGGCGUAUCUGGACGAGUGGGAGGGCAUCAAGACAGCGCUCGCCGAGCUGGCGCACAGUCCCGAGGAAGCAGCGCGAUUGCAGGGCCAGGUGAAGAUGAGUAUUCCGGCGCUCACACGCGAGCAUUUCCUGCUUGCGGAGGGGCGCGCGUGGACGGCGGAGUCUGGGUAUACGUCGAGCAAGGCAUAUCUUGCGGAUUUGGCGGCGGCGUGGCGGGAGGAGAUUCGGGUGUUGUAUGAUGCUGGGCUGCGGCAUUUGCAGAUUGAUGAUCCGCAGUUGACAUUUUUUGUGGACGAGGGGUUGCGGGGGGCGAUGGAGAGCGAUGGGUUUGAUGCGGAGGGUCUGUUGGGGUUGUAUGUGUGGGCUGCGAAUGAAUAUUUGAGGGAUCUGCCGGCGGAUUUGCAUGUUGGGAUGCAUUUGUGUAGAGGAAACACGCCGGGGGGUGGGCAUAUGACGGAGGGAAGCUAUGAGGUCAUUGCGAAAGCGUUGUUUGUGGAGAUGCGGUAUGAGACGCUGUAUUUGGAGUAUGAUACUGAGAGGGCAGGCGGCUUUGAGCCGUUGAGAUAUGUGCCAAGGGGUAAGAAUGUUGUGCUUGGUGUGGUAUCGACGAAGACAGAUACUCUUGAGAACAUUGAGGAGCUGGAGAAGAGAGUUAGGGGUGCUGCGGCGACCAUAGCGGAGGCGCAGGGGAGAACUGAAGAGGAGGUCCUGAGGGAGCAGAUCGGCAUCAGUCCUCAGUGUGGUUUUGCGAGCUCGAGUGCCGGCGGCAUGAUGACUGAGGAAGGUCAAUGGAAAAAGCUACAGUUAGUGCAGGAACUGGCGAGGAGAUUGUGGCCAGACGAGGUGAUCGAUUUGGUAUCGGAAGGGUCCAGUCUCGUACUAUUCUAUCUCAUCUCUAUUCACGUCAGGGGGCUCAUACUCAAAGCUGCGAAGCGUAAAUUAGAUAGUAUAGAGCUUAGAAAGUAUCAAGGAUUGAUCGCCUUAUCCAACUUAAGGCAAAAUAACUAUCUGACAGGGUAUCAGCGCAUCACCGGCGAUCUGCUACCGCAUCUCGAAAAGUUCACCGAUGUGCCUGGUAUUUACAAACUUGACGAGCAGACAAUCGUGAAGACAGGGAACGCGACAUCAAUGGCAGAAGCUGCAGCCCUUCGGCUGGUCCGUGAACAGACAUCUAUCCCUGUGCCAGAAGUUUUCGAUGCUUACAUGCGAGACGACGAUGCAGAAUGUGGGGCCAUCAUCAUGGAAUAUGUGCAAGGCGACGUGCUUCGCGAUAUAUGGCCUCAAAUGACGCAAACUGAAAAGGACUCCAUCGUUGAUCAAUUGAGAGAUUAUAUGAUUCAACUGCGGGAAAUCUCGUCUGACUUUAUCGGCUCUGUCGACAAGACACCAUGUAGAGAUCAGUUUUUCUCAGAAGAGCCUGAUAUGUUUGGCCCAUUCGAGAGCGAAGGUGAUUUUAGAGCAGGAUGCAUUAGAGCCAUGUACAACUCUCGACACUCACAUUGGACUGAGACAGUAGCUGGUUUCAUCAAGGCCCUGCCGCCAGCUAAGAUUGUGCUUACGCAUAACGACUUUCACCCGCGAAACAUCAUAGUACGUGAUGGCAAAGUUGUUGGUAUAAUAGAUUGGGAACUCUGUGGCUUCUACCCCGAGUACUGGGAGUAUGUGAAGGGAUGGUAUCGGGUAGACAUAGACAACUCCUGGGUCCAGGAACGCGCCAUCGACAAAAUCCUUACUCCAUUCCCACUUGCUAGAGCUGUCUUUGAACACACACGGGACAUUAUCUGGUAG